AUGGAGCGUGUGUCGUUGCUCCCGCUUGUGCUGCUGCUUGCCGCGGCCGCCGCCGCCGGCGUGAACGGCACGGAGGUCGCGUACAAUGACCGGGCGCUGGUCAUCGACGGCGAGCGCCGCAUCGUCAUCUCCGGCUCCAUCCACUACCCCAGGAGCACGCCGGAGAUGUGGCCGGAUCUGAUCAGGAAGGCCAAGGAGGGCGGGCUCGACGCGAUCGAGACCUACGUCUUCUGGAACGGCCACGAGCCGCGGCGCCGGGAGUACAACUUCGAGGGGAGCUACGAUAUCGUGCGCUUCUUCAAGGAGAUCCAGGACGCCGGCAUGUACGCCAUCCUCCGCAUAGGCCCCUACAUCUGCGGCGAGUGGAACUACGGCGGCCUGCCGGCAUGGCUGCGCGAGAUCUCCGGCAUGCAGUUCAGGAUGCACAACCACCCCUUCGAGAGAGAAAUGGAGACCUUCACGACCCUCAUCGUCGACAAGCUCAAGGAGGCCAAGAUGUUCGCCGGCCAGGGAGGCCCCAUCAUCCUCUCCCAGAUCGAGAACGAGUACGGCAACAUCAUGGGCAAGCUCAACAACAACGAGUCGGCGUCCGAGUACAUCCACUGGUGCGCCGCCAUGGCCAACAAGCAGAACGUCGGCGUGCCGUGGAUCAUGUGCCAGCAGGACGACGACGUCCCGCCCAACGUGAUCAACACCUGCAACGGGUUCUACUGCCACGACUGGUUCCCCAAGAGGACCGACAUCCCCAAGAUCUGGACUGAGAACUGGACUGGCUGGUUCAAAGCCUGGGACAAGCCUGAUUUCCACAGGUCCGCCGAGGACAUCGCCUUCUCCGUGGCCAUGUUCUUCCAGAAGCGUGGAUCCCUCCAGAACUACUACAUGUACCACGGUGGCACCAACUUUGGCCGCACCUCAGGUGGCCCCUACAUCACAACCAGUUACGACUACGAUGCCCCUCUCGACGAGUAUGGUAACAUCAGGCAGCCAAAAUAUGGGCACCUCAAGGACCUCCACAAUGUCCUGAAAUCCAUGGAGAAGAUCUUGCUCCAUGGCGACUACAAGGACACCAACAUCAGCAGCAGCAAUGUCACGGUGACCAAGUACACGUUGGACAACUCCUCCGCCUGCUUCAUCAGCAACAUGUUCGACGACAAGGAGGUCAACGUGACCCUCGACGGCGGAGCCACCCACGUCGUGCCCGCGUGGUCCGUGAGCAUCCUGCCGGACUGCAAGACCGUCGCGUACAACAGCGCCAAGAUCAAGACGCAGACGUCGGUGAUGGUGAAGAGGCCGGAGGUGGAAACGGUGAGGGAGGGCCUGGCCUGGUCGUGGAUGCCCGAGAACCUCCAGCCUUUCAUGACUGACGAGAAGGGCAACUUCAGGAAGAACGAGCUGCUCGAGCAGAUCGCCACGUCCGGCGACCAGAGCGACUACCUAUGGUACAGGACAAGCUUUGAGCAUAAGGGGGAAGCGACCUACAAGUUGCACGUCAACACCACAGGGCAUGAGCUUUACGCUUUCGUCAACGGCAAGCUUGUUGGGAAGCAGCACUCUCCUAAUGGUGGAUUCGUCUUCCAGAUGGAGACGCCCGUGAAGCUCCACUCGGGGAAGAACUACAUCUCUCUCCUCAGCGGCACCAUGGGCCUCAAGAACUACGGCGCGCUGUUUGAGAUGAUGCCCGCCGGUAUCGUGGGAGGCCCGGUGAAGCUCGUCGACACUGUCACCAACACCACGGCCUACGACCUCUCCAACAGCUCCUGGUCCUACAAGGCCGGCCUCGCCGGCGAGUACAGGGAGACCCACCUCGACAAGGCCGACGACCGCAGCCAAUGGAGCGGAGGCCUCAACGGCACCAUCCCGGUGCACCGCCCAUUCACCUGGUACAAGGCCACGUUCGAGGCCCCCGCCGGCAAGGAGCCCGUCGUGGCGGACCUGCUCGGGCUCGGCAAGGGCGUGGUGUGGGUCAACGGCAACAACCUGGGCCGCUACUGGCCGUCCUACGUCGCCGCGGACAUGGGCGGCUGCAAGCAAUGCGACUACCGCGGCACCUUCAAGGCGGAGGGCGACGGGCUCAAGUGCCUCACCGGCUGCAACGAGCCGUCCCAGCGCUUCUACCACGUGCCGCGGUCGUUCCUCAAGGCCGGCGAGCCCAACACGAUGGUGCUGUUUGAGGAGGCCGGCGGCGACCCGACGAGGGUGAACUUCCACACGGUGGCCGUAGGCGCAGCGUGCGCGGAGGCCGCUGAGGUGGGUGACCAGGUGGCGCUGGCGUGCAGCCACGGCAGGACCAUCUCCAGCGUGGACGUGGCCAGCCUCGGCGUGGCUCGCGGCAAGUGCGGCGCCUAUGAGGGUGGCUGCGAGUCCAAGGCGGCGCUGGCGGCAUUCACGGCGGCGUGCGUCGGCAAGGAGUCGUGCGCGGUGCGGCACACGGAGGACUUCCGCGCUGGGUCCGGGUGUGACUCGGGCGUGCUCACCGUGCAGGCCACCUGCUGAUCCAAAUGAAUGAAUAAAAUUAGUUAGUGUCUUUUAGGCUAGGCCAGAACAAAUGCAUGGUCCAAUUCAUGUGUUUUUCGAUGGAUCAAGGUUAAAUCUAGAAUUUGUUGCCAUGAUUUUGGCUGCUCAGUUUGCCAUGGUACGGUGAAUAUUUUCUGUUCGAGAAACAAACGCACGAUUAUACUCA